UUAUCUCAUGUUUGUUGCUUCAUGGUUUAGAUAAACCAAGAAUACAAGGUUGUGUUGAGUUCGGAUGGCAGAGAGAAGCAGUGAUAUAGAUGUAGGGUUUGUUUUCGGCCUUGAAUGGCUUUCUCUUUCUAUCUUUAGGAAAGAAUGAAAGACUGUGAAAGAGACGACCUAGAGGCUUGAAAAGUUUGCUCUGUAAAAGCUUGAAAAGGAAAUUUGGGGAAUAUGAAGAAGAUGACUGCUUACCGCUGGAGGAGACAUGUAGUCAUGUACAAGCUGAAUUAGGACUCUUAAAAGUCUUAAUUGUAUUAACGUACAAAAAUGACCCCUUUAUUCUUCAUAUGUGCUAUUUUUAUCCCCUUUAUUUUCCAUUAUAUGCUACUUGUGACACAAAAUUGAAAGACACCUAAUUAUGCUAUUUAUAAAUGUUUCUUUCUUAUACAAUAUAGGGAUAAUUUUAAAAUUAAUUAUUAGCAUGUCAAUUUUUUGCUAAUUAAUUUAUAUUUUUAAUCGCACAAAAGCACGGACAUAUUUGGUGGUUGAACAUAAUAAAAUUGACCCCUUUGUACAACGGAUUAUUCUUGGAACAUAUUUUUUUCAUAUGCCUUUUAUAUCCGCACCCGUAUCCAUAACUGGAUAACCACCCCCGAAUCUUAAAAUUUAGAUUUUGCCGAAUCCGAUACUCGAAUCCGUACCCGUAUCGGAUACCCGCACCCGAGUCCGUGUAACUUAGGGCGCAACAAUACUUCAAAGCUAAACCCACAGAUAUUCUUCUAGCUAGUUUCCCAAAAUCAGGAACAACAUGGUUCAAGGCCCUUAUCUUUUCCCUCAUGAAUCGUGACCUGCUUGAUUUUUCCUUCCACCCUUUACUUACCUAGAGCCCUCAUGAUUGCAUUCCCUUCUUGGAAUUCAUCAUACAAGAUGAAACUCCCUACCAUGAUUUCGUGUUCGCUACAUUGCUUUUUCGCAGUCCACAUUCCUUUUGUGUAUGUAUUUCGCGAGACCAAGGAUGUUUUCGUUUCAAAUUGGUAUUAUUUUUAAAAAAUAAGACCCAAAGAACUACCUUCUUUUCCAAUCGAAGAUGCAUUUGAUCUGUUUUGCAAAGGCGUAUCACAUUUUGGACCCUUUUGGGAUCACAUCUUGGGUUAUUGGAAGGCAAGCUUGGAAAAUCGAGACAAAGUACUUUUCUUGACUUACGAGGACAUGAAGAAAGAUCCUAUUGUCUGCCUUACCAAAUUGGCCAAGUUUUUGGAUAAGCCAUUUUGCUUAGAAGAAGAGAGAGAAGGGAUUGUGCAGGAGAUUGUAAGGCUUUGUAGCUUUGAGAAUUUGAGCAGACCGGGGCGCAACAUUUCAGUCCAAAACUUCUUGUUGAGAACCGGCAUUUCUUGUGGAAAGGUCAAGUUGGAGAUUGGAGAAACCAUUUCCCGGUAGAGAUGGCCGAACAGCUGGAUGAAAUCGCUAGUCGGAAACUUUGUGAACUAGUUUGAUAGGAAGUUUGCUUGUCGAUAACAUACCCUGUAGCUCCAGUGCAUAUAUAAGUUAGUGACCUACUGUCUAUGUAUGGUAUUGAGGGAUGAAUGGUUAAUCAAAUAGUAUCAAAAUGACAUGACGAUUUGCUCCAGGUCAUACAGAUACAUACUUGUUUCACCAUUGUUCCUGAAAAUCUGAACUUUUUUCAUAUGCAAAUACAAUUCUCCUGCAGUUGGUGCGAUUCUCAAGUGAUUUUAUCCCGUUGAACUUCCAGUCCGGAAAGAAUGGCGUCACACAUUAAUAGCAGUAAAAACACUGAGAUUUUAGAAGUUGUUUCUCCACAUUUUAGAAGUUGUCAUGCAUUGAUGAGAUUUGAUGCAAUGAACCUUAGUUUUUUGGGCUAUUGUGCCGCUGUUGUGGUUCAUUACCUUUGCUAAUGAACUUGUUAUUUAUGCACAUCUAAGUAUUAAGCGUGCAAAUUAUAAGGCAAAAAUCAAAUCUUCAUCCCUUCUGGGGAAAAUGAACCAGAAACGAUUCUUUGGAGAUCUCAAUAGCAAGUUUGUCCGGUCAGUAAAUGCUCACUUUGCGCAAGACUGGCAUGAGGAAAAGGUUAAUUAGGACUAAUCAAUUUCCUCUCAUCAAAAGAUGAGUGCAAUUCAAAAAAGGAAAAAGAUCUUUAAAGGCUGGAUAGGAAACUAUCUCCAUUGAAAUAUAAAAGAGUAGAAAAAAGAGGAUACUGCUAACAAAUUUGUGUAAAAUGUCUACAAUCUUUGGUAAAUCAAAGUUCAAAUAUUUUGAGUGCUAUUGUGGUAAAGUGCAUCUGGCCACGUGCUCAAGUCAUCUUGAAUUAAGUAAAGUUUCCUCAGAUCACAAGUAAUAACAACUAUGUUUUGCUUGUUAAACUUAAAUAAAAGUUAAAGUUGCCAGUUUCAAAAAAAAAAAAAAAAAAAAAAAAGUUAUUUAAUCUUCCUAGAAAGUUUACUUUGUCAUUCCAUCCUUGUGGUCAUUCUAGCUAUUUGAAAGAUUGAAUUAGCCUAUAAUUCAUCAGACUUCAGCUUCCAUGUCCCUUUCCCACCGUUCACCUCAUCAAAUUGAUGAUGAAUACAAGAAAACAGAUCAAAAUGAAAGUGAUAUGCUGAAAAACCUUCAUAGAGAAAAAGGUUGGACCACUGAAUAUGUAUACCAGUACCAGUCAGUUUGGUUAACCCCAACAUUUGUUAGAGGAGUUACGUUAGUGCAGCAAUACUUCAAUGCCUAAUCCACUGAUAUUCUUCUAGCUACACUCCAAAAUCAGGAACAACAUGGUUCAAGGCCCUUAUUUUCUCUAUCAUGAAUCGUACUCGAUUCGAUUCUUCUUCUCACCCUUUGCUUACCAAGGGCCCCCAUGAUUGUACCCCUUUCCUGGAGUACAUCAUACAAGAUGAAAGAUCCUACCAAGAUUAUCAGUUUUCAUGUUUGCCACGUCCCCUUUUCGCGACCCACAUUCCUUGCUCUUUGUUACCAGCAUCUGUGAUGUCUUCUGGUUGCAAGAUUGUUUAUGUCUUUCGCGAAACCAAAGAUGUUUUUGUUUCAAAUUGGCAUUAUAUGACAAAAUUGAGACUCAAAGAACUACCUUCUUUUCCAAUCAAAGAUGCAUUUGAUCUGUUCUGCAAAGGGGUAUCACAUUUUGGACCCUUCUGGGAUCAUGUAUUGGGUUAUUGGAAGGCAAGUUUGGAAAAUCCAGAAAAUGUCAUUUUCUUGACAUAUGAGGACAUGAAGAAAGAUCCAGUUGUCUGUGUUAUGAAAUUGGCCAAGUUCUUGGGGAAGCCUUUUUCCUUGGAAGAAGAGAGAGAAGGGGUUGCACAGGAGAUUAUAAGGCUUUGUAGUUUUCAGAAUUUAAGCAGCUUGGAAGUGAAUCAGAGUGGAUUGCAACAUUUCAGUCCACAUUUUUCUGUUGAGAACAGGCAUUUCUGGAGGAAAGGUCAAGUUGGAGAUUGGAAAAACUAUAUGACACUAGAGAUGGCUCAACAAUUGGAUGAAAUCACUAGGCAGAAACUUGCUGGGACUAGUUUGAUAGAAACGUUACACGUCGAUACAAUAACUUGAGGAUAAAGCAUCAGUUAAUCCAGGGAGGAGCUAGCAUGGGAAGGAGUUCGGUAGAACCCCGUCCUAUGGUUCAAACCCUAUAUAUAUAUAUAUAUAUAUAUAUAUAUAUAUAUAUUUGUUGAGAAAUUCACGCAGAACCCAUAAACUUCAAUACUGGAAUUGCCUUAGUAUUAAUUAAUCAGUACCAAAAUGACAUUUUUAUUUACUCAAGAGUGAUAUUGA